AAGUCCCGGGGCGACACCCCCGCUGUCCCGCCUCCCGCCUGGGUCUAGCUGGUGGCGGGGCCGGGGCCGCGCUAGCCGCGAUGGAGCUGCACAUUCUGGAGCACCGGGUGCGGGUGCUGAGUAUCGCCCGGCCGGGUCUCUGGCUCUACACCCACCCGCUCAUCAAGCUGCUCUUUCUGCCCCGCCGCAGCCGGUGCGCGCCCAGGUGCAAAUUCUUCAGUCUGACGGAGACCCCGGAGGAUUACACACUCAUGGUGGACGAAGAGGGCUUUGCAGAACUGCCCCCAUCUGAGUUCCUGCAAGUAGCCGAGGCCACGUGGCUAGUGAUGAGUGUGUCAUCGCACAGCGGCCCUGCAGUGCAGGCUGCGGGGGUCACCAAGAUCGCCCGCUCCGUCAUCACACCCCUGGCUGAGCACCAUGUAUCUGUGCUGAUGUUGUCUACAUAUCAAACAGACUUCAUCCUAGUUCGAGAGCAGGACCUGUCAGUGGUAAUUCAUACCCUGGCCCAAGAGUUUGAUAUCUACCGUGAAGUGGGCGGGGAACCUGUGCCUGUGAUCAGGGAAGAUUCCAGCAAUGGCUUUCCCCGUGCCCAGCAUGGCCCAAGCCCAACCGUGCACCCCAUUCAGAGCCCGCAGAACCGCUUCUGUGUCCUCACGCUGGACCCCGAGACACUGCCGUCCAUCGCCACUAUCCUCAUCGACGUGCUCUUCUACUCUCACAGUGCCCCUAGGGAGGCAGCCUCCGACAGUCUGGAAUCCAGCUCCAUCCCAUUCUUUGCCUUCUCCCUCAUUGAGGGUUACAUCUCCAUCGUGAUGGAUGCAGAGACACAGAAAAAGUUCCCCAGUGACCUCCUGCUGACCAGCUCAUCGGGAGAGCUGUGGAGGAUGGUGCGGAUUGGUGGACAUCCUCUGGGCUUUGAUGAAUGUGGGAUCGUGGCUCAGAUUGCGGGACCUCUGGCUGCCGCUGACAUCUCCGCCUACUACAUCAGCACCUUCAACUUUGACCAUGCCCUGGUGCCCGAGGAUGGCAUCAGCAGCGUCAUUGAGGUCCUGCAGCGAAGGCAGGAGGGCCUGGUAUCCGAAGGUUCCUAGAGAACCCAGCAGACGCCAGCUCUUCCUCACCACCGGGCUUCCAGAGACUUCUCUGAACUAUUUAAUCAAGCUACGGAAUGAGCCUCCCCAUUGCUUCAGCAUGGGGAGGUCACCAUCAUUCCGCCUUCUGUAUGUAAGCUGCGUGCGGGCACCAGCACCUGGGGACGCAGGCGCGCUUUCCCAGGGGCCAUGGGCAGGUGCCAGCCCCUCCCCGCUCUGCCCAUGCAGGGGAACCUGGUGCUCAGGGCUCGGGCCCCCACCCGUCACUCCCCUCGGGCUUUCAGCAUUUGCACAGUCCCUGCUCGAGGCCUGAGCCACCCCCACCCCCCACCCCGGGGCCAGCUGUUCCCCUGGGCAAGGCUCUCUCCUGUGCCUGGCCAGUUGCCUCGAUGGCCAGGUGACUUCUGACAGUGCCUUAAGAAAAGUAUUUUUACAUCUCUCCUUUUUUAAAAAUUAACUAUUAAUAAAAGACUUUAUAUUGA